GGAUGAUCAAGCUGUUCUCGCUGAAGCAGCAGAAGAAGGAGGAGGAGUCGGCCGGCGGCACCAAGGGCAGCAGCAAGAAGGCGUCGGCGGCGCAGCUCCGGAUCCAGAAGGACAUUAACGAGCUGAACCUGCCCAAGACUUGUGACAUCAGCUUCUCAGACCCAGACGACCUCCUCAACUUCAAGCUGGUUAUCUGUCCUGAUGAGGGCUUCUACAAGAGUGGGAAGUUUGUGUUCAGUUUUAAGGUGGGACAAGGUUACCCACAUGACCCCCCCAAGGUGAAGUGUGAGACAAUGGUUUAUCAUCCCAACAUUGACCUCGAGGGCAACGUCUGCCUCAACAUCCUCAGAGAGGACUGGAAGCCAGUCCUGACGAUAAACUCCAUAAUUUAUGGCCUGCAGUAUCUCUUCUUGGAGCCCAACCCCGAGGACCCACUGAACAAGGAGGCUGCCGAAGUCCUGCAGAACAACCGGCGGCUGUUUGAACAAAACGUGCAGCGCUCCAUGAGAGGUGGUUACAUCGGGUCCACCUACUUCGAGCGCUGCCUGAAAUAGGGUUAGCAAAUACCCAUCCCUGCCGGGGUUACCAGCCCAGGCAUCCCCUGCAAAUAUUUAUUGGGGGCCCGGGUAGGGUGUGUGGGGUAGCCUUGGCCCCUGCCUUGGCCUUGCCUCCCCUCCCUGUCACCUGCCCCUAGUUAUUUUUUUUUAACCACCACGUGAUUAUGGUCGGUGCUGCCUCCUCCCGACCUGCUCAGCGAUGGGAAAUGAAUUGGCUUGUUUAGCGCCCCCCCCUCCCGCUGGGUGCUGUCCAACACCCCCACUCUUGACUGUGGGGUAAGUGGGCAAUGGUCCUGGGUCGCUGGGCCCAGGCAACCCACCCCACCACCACUGGAGGUCCCACCAGGCUAUUAAAGGGGAAUGUUACUGCA